UGAGAGGACGAGAAAUACGACUUCGCCCUCUACGUCCACUUUCUCCGGGGAUUGCCAAGGGAUUUCAAUGUUUGGCCCGUUCUUUGCCACUUCCCGUAUCCAGCACGUGGUUAAACUGUAAGCUGAUGAUCCAUCAUGAGCCCUGAAGUGCGUAGUGAACUAUGUGGCACGCAUGUAGUGUUUAAAUGUACAGUGUUUCUGUGUUGAUUCGGAUCGCACAUAUAUGGCGUUUGUGACUGUCUGUAGAGAGUUCUGCCAGGCUCAGCACCUCACCUUUGUGGACAAGUGAAUUGUUAGCCACCUGCGGGACUACGCUACCAAGAAGCCCCCCUGACAGCCACCACACUGGGUCCAGUCUGUCUCUCCUAUAUACCCUUGUGGGAUCACACGUAGCCCUCCACACCGGCAUAUUCAAGCACGCCCGCCUCAUUUCCUCCCUACAAAUUUUUCUCCCAGUAGCCUAUUAGAAACGCUUCUCCUGAAUGGGGUAAUAUCAAUUGUCUCAAUUGGAUGACUGACGGAUAGUCUCCCUUUUUCUUUAGUUUUCCUUUUGAGUUUCUCAUCCUUUUUUUUUCCCCUGAACAUCGUGGACUAGAUCACCCCCAUUUUGGCUUUUGUUUGUACUUUAAAUAGUCUGGUGUCCACCCACCAUUGCACCAUUUUUUUUUUUCUUUUUCUUUUUUUUUUUUUUUUGUAUUUAUUUUUUCAUAUUGCUGACAUCUGAGCCAAAGAAUUUUUAACAGUGGGGGGGAAAGAACAGGAAUUAUAAGUACUUCAUUGUAAUUGUUUUAAAGACGUCUUGCUAAUAUGAACCGCCCUGCCGCUGUUGAGAUUUCCUAUGACUGCAUGAGGUUCCUCAUCACACACAACCCCACCAACUCAACUCUCAACAAGUUCACUGAGGAGCUGAAGAAGUUUGAGGUGAACACACUGGUUAGAGUUUGUGAAGCCACCUAUGACAAGGCACCAGUGGAAAAGGAGGGCAUUCAGGUCCUGGACUGGCCCUUUGAUGAUGGAGCUCCACCCCCCACCCAGAUUGUAGAUGAUUGGUUCAACUUGCUGAAGACUAAGUUCAGAGAGGAGCCGGGAUGCUGCAUCGCGGUUCACUGUGUUGCGGGCUUGGGCCGGGCACCUGUGCUGGUGGCCUUAGCCUUAAUUGAGUGUGGCAUGAAGUAUGAAGAUGCGGUGCAGUUUAUAAGACAGAAGAGACGUGGAGCCUUCAACUCCAAACAGCUUCUUUACCUCGAAAAAUACAGACCUAAGAUGCGUCUGCGGUUCAAGGCCAACUGCUCUGUCCAGUAGUGCACCAUUCUUUCAGUCAUACAAAACUAUAGUGGGAAGUUCAACCAGGGUAGAAGGGAGAAUAAAAAGCUGUGGGAUAUAAUUGUGGUGAUUUUAUAAACUGGAUCCUGGUUAACCAAUCACAGAGAAGCAAUGAAUGAAAAGCUGAUCUUUGGAUUCACCAGCAGUAUAAAUGAGAAGGGUCAAAGCACACAGACAAGCCCACAACCUGGUUGGUAAACCAGUGUAGUGGUCAGGGGCAAGAAUAUACAUGAAUAUCCCCCAAUUCCCACAUGUUCAAUCAUGAAAUGACUUUUUAUUUUGCAUUACUUUAGAAUGAAUACUUUGAACCAUGAUGAAAAGAUUACAGUUAUAAAAUGCUGUCAUUGUUGAAUUGUAUUAUGAAUUUUACUAUUGGGCAUGUUUAUUUGCAGUAUUUUUUUUUCUUUUUCUUUUUUUUUUUACUAUCCACAGGUAAUAGCCAGUUUUGUUACAGAAACAAUUCUUAAGUAGGAUAUUUUUGCACAAAACAAACUUUAUAAUAUUCCUAACCAAUGCAGAAAAUGCCCCCUUAUAUAUCGCUUUUAAUUUAGGGUUGGCUUAGGUUUUAAAUAUGUCAACUGUAUUUAUUCACUAUAAUUAGUGUCUUGUCAGGAGUGUGGGUGGGGCUAUGACGCAGUUUUUUUUCUUUCAUGGAGUCAUGUUAUUUACUCUCGUUUUCUUCAUCUGUGGGGAGUGCAAUAUUCAGUCCAGCUUGGAAAAGCCCUCACCCUUAGGACCGUCCUACAUCCAAAUUCAAAUACAGUAGACAGUUUUUGAAAUACAGAAGGAUUCUUGGCUUGUUUUAGGUACUCACUUUCUAUAGAUGCUCUGUAACAAGCUUUACUGUUGGCCUGGCUGUUGACACCCACAUAUCAAAUGUGUACACUUUAUCUGUCACCCUACUGUUCAGCCCACAGACACACUGAAGGAAGUGAGAGGCGGAAGACUGGUCAGCUCUGGCUUUAUUUUAUUUUUGUAAUCAUUGUGCCCAUUUUGAAAACACCCCCAUUUCAUCCUGGUUUUAAGAUAAAUAAAUGAUUUGAAAUUUA